AUGCCUUUCCCAUCGUUGUCUCCAAUGUUCUUGGUGCAGUUCCUUCUGCGCUGCUCAGUUCUGGCCGCUGUCUAUGCGUAUAUUCCCGCCUCUCCCACCAACUCCAGUCAAGACGCAAUUGCGGGAGGUCUUAAUGUUACUGAUAUCUCUAAUCUGUUUAUGCAGUGGUACUCUAAUGGCUCUUAUGCAGAGCAUGUCUCAUACCAACUGGUAGGAAACGGAAGCCAGGGAAUAAGCAAAGUAGGUCCCCACUUAUCUAGUCCUAAUCUCCUCACCUCUGCCCAGGGCGCCUUGGUUCAUUUUUCUGAAGACAAUGUGAAUGCUAGCACCCCUCCCAGUUUGACUCCCUGGAUUGCGAUGGUGUCCUGUGAUCACAAUGCUACGACCGCGUCGAUGGAGGAGGAUGUCUUUACCCUCGCGCGUGACAAAGGCGCAGUUGCCGCUCUUUUAUAUUCCUUAUAUUCUUUGGCCUGUGUCAUCAAUCCAGAAUACGCGGAUCCAGCGACUUUUGAUCAGGUUUUCGACAUAUUUUCUACUCAAAGCUUGACGAGUGCACACCUAAUCGAGUACCAAUUCGGUCAGCUGGCGCCUCAAAACACAAGCCUUUACGAGUAUAAUUCACAACAGUUAAACAGUUCUGCCACUGUUAUCCAGAAAUCAGUUGCUGUGGGUUACCCUGUCUCAGCUGGGUUCUUGUACGCCGUUCUUCAGGCAUACAAUGCUACUGGCAGUGUCACCAGCCCGGGAAAUAAUGGAGGCAAUGUUGGUGCAUCUAACAAUUCAAAUUCGAGCUCUCCAAAUACUGCUCUGGCAAUGAUUAUUCUAUAUGCUAUCACGGGGUGUGUUUCCGCACUUUUUUGCCUCGUCAUAAUUUCUGGCGCAAUAAGAGCGAUUCGUCAUCCUGAGCGAUAUGGACCCCGAGCGCGUAUUGCAGGAGAAGGAGGGCAAAGUCGCGCCAGGGGUUUGACGCGAGCUAUUCUUGAUACUUUUCCGAUCGUCAAGUUCGGAAGCAACCCUGGUGGCAAUACCUCGAACGAUAUCCCAACCACCCACUACAACAAAGACGCAGAAGCUCAGUACCCAACUGAUGACCAAGGGCAAGGGAUCGAGAUGAACGGAUGGGAAGGUGAAAGGGAUGCUGCAAGCCACUCUACAAUGUCGACACGUCAAUUAUCUGGACCUGCAGCGAGUUCUGAAAGCUUGCAAGCCGGCUUAGUGACGGAACCCUCCGGGAGCAAAGCGGGGGGACCCUCCACGAUUCCAUCAGCGCCUACAGGGUCAACGUCGACAGGACAGCACAAUUCCGAGGGUUCCUCAAAGCCCGUUGUCCGAGAUGACGUCGUUCCGGAUUCAAUCGGUCGAGAGACUUGCCCAAUCUGUAUUGUGGACUUUGAAGAAGGGGAUGACAUCCGUUUGCUUCCUUGCGAAGGGAAACAUUGUUUUCAUCAGCAAUGUGUAGACCCGUGGCUGCUGGAACUGUCCAGUUCAUGUCCCAUCUGUCGGCAAGACUUUCUAGCCUUAGAAAAUAUGAUUUCAGGGCGUUCAGAGGAUGCCCAUAAUACCAUGGAAGUCCCACGAGGGGGAGUUCAAUCGGCGCCUGGAAACAGGUUCUCUAGGUACCUCCGGUUUGCGAGGGGGCGAAGAAAUCGUGGAGACGAACCUGAUCCCACCGACCCUUACAUGCCCACCGCCCCAGAAAGUUCUAUGUAUUGA